AUGGCGGACUCGAUUUCAUCAGUGUGCAAUUUAGCGAUUCUCGACAAACUCAGCGAUGGCUCCAUCGAAGAAAUCCUCGAAAGCUACAAUGGCUUCUGUGCUGCUACGGACACCCUUCUAAACGGCGCCGGCGACCUCUCCGUCGGUCCGCAGUUCGUAUCUCACGUUCACGGCCUCUGCAAGCACGGGCUCGAGUCUCUGCUCCGAGACCACUUCCUUGGUGCGCUGGAGCGAACCUUCGAGAAAAAUGGCGCCUUGAAAUUUUGGCGGCAUUUCGAGGUUUUCAACGACGUUUCGGUUGAAGAGGAAGUGUUCUAUAACGCUUUGGAAGAAAUAUCUUUGGAAAAGCAGUACCAGGAGAAGUGUCUGUUGAUUCUGGUUCAUGCUUUGCAGUCUUACAACCAUGGAAGCCAUGAUUCUAAUGAUUACAGAGUUGAGCUGUUUGCUAAGUACCAAAUGUCAGUGUCUUCAGUUCUUAUGGCCACUCUUCCCCGGCAUUUUCCUGAGAUACUCCACUGGUAUUUUAAGGGAAGGUUGGAGGAACUGAGUACUAUAAUGGGUGGAGACUUCCCGCAUGAUGAUGAUGAUGAUGAUGAUGAUGAUAAAGAUGAUAUGGAUUUAGAUGACAAAUGCAAAGCCUCAUACAGGAGUGGACAAAUGGAGAUUGAUGAAUGCUAUCCCCAAGGGAGGUUCUUGGACAACAAUAAAUUGGUGAACAACAUAGGGAAGGUUGUUCGCGAUCUUAGAAGUCUCGGGUUUACAUCUAUGACUGAAGAUGCCUAUGCUUCUGCUAUUUUUUUGUUUCUAAAGGCCAAAGUUCAUGAUCUUGCUGGUGAUGAUUACCGGAUUUCUGUUUUGGAGUCCAUCAAGGGGUGGAUUCAGGCUGUGCCUCUUCAGUUCUUGCAUGCCCUUCUUGCUUAUCUUGGUGACUCUGUUAGUUAUGACAGUGUUUCAUCUGGUCUCAAGUCACCUUUGGCUUCAUGUCCUUCUACAUUUUAUCCUGGAAUUGACACCCCAUCUGAAGGACUUGUUAGAUGGCAGUUGCGACUAGACUCUCCCGCAAUUGAAGAUUUGAAACAGUGUCUUGAUACACUGGACAACACUCUAAGCUGGUCGACACUCCGGACAAUAGAUCCAGCAGGUGUUUUCCUCGAAGCAGUUGGAGAACCAAUUAGGGACUAUUUGAGGGGAAGGAAGGACACCAUAAAGUGCAUCGUGACCAUGCUUACAGAUGGGACUGGUGGGAAUCCGAAUGUAUCUGGAAACACUGGGGAUAGCCUUCUUGAAGAAUUAAACAGAGAUGAAGAAAAUCAAGAGAACGCUGGUCUUGAUGACGAUUUCCACACUGAUGACAAGCAGGCAUGGAUAAAUGCUUCACGCUGGGAGCCAGACCCUGUAGAAGCUGACCCCUUGAAGGGCAGCAGGAACCGAAGGAAGGUUGACAUACUUGGGAUGAUUGUUGGCAUAAUUGGUUCAAAAGAUCAACUAGUUAAUGAAUAUCGUGUUAUGCUGGCUGAAAAGCUUCUCAACAAAUCUGACUAUGACAUCGAUACAGAGAUACGCACUCUUGAACUUCUCAAGAUACAUUUUGGGGAGAGCAGCAUGCAGAAAUGUGAAAUUAUGCUGAAUGAUCUGAUUGAUUCUAAGAGGACUAACGGCAAUAUUAAAGCAACCAUAACUCAGACAUCUCAAGCAGGUUCUGAGCUGGGAGAUAACGGGGUUUCCAUGGAUGUUUUUGAUGCAACAAUCAUCUCUUCAAAUUUCUGGCCCCAAAUCCAGGAUGAGUCCCUUAAUGUACCUGGACCUGUUGACCAACUACUAUCUGAUUAUGCAAAGAGGUUUAAUGAAAUCAAGACCCCUCGUAAACUAUUAUGGAAGAAAAGUCUUGGUACAGUUAAGUUGGAGUUGCAAUUUGAAGAUAGAGCAGUGCAAUUCGUGGUUGCUCCUGUGCAUGCAGCAAUUAUAAUGCAAUUUCAAGAUCAGACAAGCUGGACCUCUAAGAGUCUUGCAGCUGCAAUUGGGGUUCCAACAGACAUACUUAAUCGCAGGAUAAAUUUCUGGAUAAGCAAGGGAAUUCUUGCAGAAUCACUUGGGGCAGACUCUGACGACCACGUGUUUACACUAAUGGAAGGUAUGGUUGACAGUGGUAAAAACGGUGGUACGAAUGGAAGCAUCGAGGAUCUUAUAGUUGCUGAUGAAGAGGGGGAGAGCUCUGUAGCCUCUGUGGAGGAUCAACUGCGCAAGGAAAUGACUGUGUAUGAGAAAUUUAUCUUGGGGAUGCUCACAAACUUUGGAAGCAUGGCAUUAGAUCGAAUUCAUAAUACUCUCAAGAUGUUCUGCAUAGCCGAUCCUCCUUAUGACAAAACUCUCCAACAGCUGCAAAGUUUUUUAACGGGGCUAGUUUCUGAAGAGAAGUUGGAACUAAGAGAUGGAAUGUAUUUUUUGAAAAAGUAG